AUGUCCUCCCAUAGUCCACCAUUUCCACCGCAACAACGCCCGCCUGUACCCACUGUGACCUCGCCAGCCUUAUCUGCGAACCCCUCCCGAAGAGCCUCAGACAAUAUUAGCCAUGGUCAGGUCGCCACCGCCGACCAGCACACCCAACCUUCUCCCUCGCAUGAGCUGCACAGCAUUCGCAGCUGUGUUACCUGCCGUCGGCGCAAAGUUCGCUGCAACAAGCGAUCGCCGUGCUCGAAUUGCGUAAGGGCGGGCAUCGAGUGCAUUUACCCCCCACCUGGAAGGGCUCCCCGCAAAUCGAAGCGGCCACAAGAUGCUGAACUCCUGUCUCGACUCAGGCGGUUGGAGGGUGUUAUUGAGCAUUUGAACGAGAAACGAACAGCGUCGUUAUCGGAUACGCCUUCCCCAGGUCAAUCGCGCAGUGAGAAUGUGAGCACACAACCGCCGCCAGCGCCCGCUGGAGGCGAUGGCGAUGGCAAUGGCGAUGGCUGUCCGCUCAUACCUAAUGCUGCUAACGUAGAUCCUUUGAGGCCUAUGGCUACACGCAACAUGGAGCACGAAUUUGGACGACUGGUAAUAGAUGAAGGCCGAAGCCGUUAUGUGAGUAAUCGUUUUUGGGCCAGUCUCGGUGAUGAGAUCGAGGAGCUUCAGGAUAUUCUCGAUCCAUCAGCGUCCGAGCACGAGGAUUAUCCCUCGCCGGAGUCGUCAUCGACGAACUCUGUCAACCAUGACGGUUUUCUGUUUGGAUUCUACUCGCUGUCGCAUUCCCUCCAGUCCUUUCUGCCACCUCCGUCAAAAAUCCCAGUGCUUUGGAAUCUCUACUAUGAAAACGUGGCGCCGUUAGUCCCCAUCGUUCAUAAACCUACCGCCAAGCAUGUCUUUACGAUUGCAGCCCAGGACCCGAGCAGCUUGGACAAGAACCAGGAAGCAUUGUUCCUGGCGAUGUGCCUAGUGGCGGUCAUCAGCCUGUCUCACGACCAAUGUCUCCUUCAAUUAGAAGAGGACCGUGAUGCUGCUGUCAAGCGCUAUCGAUUUGCAGUCGAGCAAGCUUUAGCUAAGGCUAAUUUCCUGAACACGCAGAACCUAAUGCUACUUCAAGCUGCCGUGAUUUUUCUCAUUGGCAUCCGUCGCGAGGAUGAUACCAAAUUUGUGUGGUCUAUGACGGCUCUCGUCCUUCGCCUUGCGCAAGGACUUGGCCUCCAUCGGGAUGGCACGAAAUUCGGCUUGAAGCCCUUUGACACGGAGAUGCGCCGGAGGCUGUGGUGGCAUAUCUGUCUGUUGGACAUCCGAUCGUCUGAAGACCAUGGGACUGAUUCCCAGAUUAACGAACGAAUCUACGAUACUCGGCUUCCACUGAACGUCAAUGAUGACGACCUAAGACCAGAUAUGCACGAGCCGCCCCCGGAGAGGAUCGGUUGUACCGAGAUGACCUUCUGUCUCAUCCGCUGCGACAUCACUGUGGCACUCCGGCGGGUCAGCUAUGCUUGUCCAAAUGGUCAUUUUAGACCAGGUACUCGGCCGGUUUCCGCAGACAAUUGUGGCAAUCUGAUCAAAGCCAUCAAUGCCCGCAUCGAGGAACGAUACAUCAAGCAUUGUGACAUGCAUGUGCCUAUACAAUGGGUCUGCGCUACAGUCGCCCGACUCAUUCUUACCAAGCUGUGGCUUGUGAUACAUCAUCCCAUGACGCGGCCGGACCGGGAUAUUGCUCUGACCAACGCUAAUAGAGAGAGCUUAUUUGCAACGUCUGUGGAGGUCGCCGAAUUUGCGCGCCUGCUAGGAGCCGACAAGAACACAUUCAAGUGGAGCUGGCUUUUUGCCACAAGCAUGCAAUGGCAUGCCAUCGCCUUCGUUUUGUCAGAACUUUGUGUGCGCCCGUUGAGCCCACUGACAGACCGUGCUUGGGAGGCUGUGAGUAAUCUAUACCGAGAUUGGGUGCACAACAGCAAGCAAAGGAAGGGCAUGCUCUGGCGACCGUUGUCAAGGCUCAUGAAGCGUGCGGCUGCUCACAGAGCAAAACAGGAGGCAAUGCGAUCUCAGCUGGGUCUUACCGCAGGCACUUUCCAGGAUGUGCCGUUUACUGGUGGCACGGGACCCUCGCUCCUCCAGCCUCCUCCCAUAUUACCCCAGUCUCUUGCUCAACGGGAUUCACAAGUCUCAUCCGUGGUGCCGAAUGGGGGCGCAUCGUCCAAUACCGGCGGACUGGAUAUUGAUCUUCGAGAGGGGCCGCUGGAGGCAAUCAGUAGUCUUUUCCCCGGUGUGGACUGGCUGAAUCCUCGAACGGCAGCCAUUGAGCGGCCGGAUACUACAAACAGGGCUGAGUCAACGAACUCAUUCGCAGAAUCGGCGAACAUUGCAAAUGCAAGUCAGCCGGACCCGCGGCUCAAUUGGGAUGAAUGGGAUCAAGUCAUGCAAGACUUUCAAAUGGAUUUGCAGGAAGCCAAUACAGAGAACCUAUUUGCGAACAUCUCCGACUGGUUUGCCUGA